AGCUUGCUGCCUUUAGACAUUCACAACACCCCGACCACGGUCAGUCUUCAUCGUUACACAGACGAUCAAGAUGGCGACGCAACAGGAUUCGUUGUUCCGCUCGGCGGACAUGUCGCUGACCCAGCUGUACAUGGCCAACGAGAUUGGACGCGAAGUCGUGAGCGCCCUGGGAGAACUGGGCAUCAUGGACUUUAGAGACCUCAACUCGGACACGACCGCUUUCCAGCGUACUUUCACUCAGGAGAUCCGAAGACUCGACAAUGUUGAACGCCAGCUGCGCUACUUCAAGGCACAGAUGGACAAGGCCGACAUUUCGAUGCGCUCCAUGUACGAGUUUGGCGACCGCCUGGCCGCCCCCUCGGCCUCGGAGAUCGACGAGCUUGUCGACCGCAGUCAGACUCUGGAGCAGAGAAUCCAGUCGCUCAACGACAGCUACGAGACGCUCAAGAAGCGUGAGAUGGAGCUGACUGAGUGGCGCUGGGUCCUGCGUGAGGCUGGUGGCUUCUUCGAUCGCGCUCGUGGACAGACAGACGAGAUUCGCCGUUCGAUUGACGAGGACCACGAUGACGAUGCGCCCCUACUCGCCGAUAUGGAGCAGGCUCAGAACGGUGACGGCUCGGGCGAGCGUUCCUUCUCCGUCAUGAACAUUGGCUUCGUUGCCGGUGUCAUCCCUCGCGAGCGCAUGGCCGCAUUCGAGCGCAUCCUCUGGCGUACUCUGCGUGGUAACCUGUACAUGAACCAGAGCGAAAUCGAGGAGCCCAUCAUCAACCCCGAGACCAACGAAGAGAUGCACAAGAGCGUCUUCGUCAUCUUCGCCCACGGAAAGGAGAUCAUCAACAAGAUCCGCAAGAUUUCGGAAUCCCUCGGUGCCGACAUCUACAACGUCGAUGAGAACAGUGAGCUCCGCCGUGACCAGAUGCACGAGGUCAACACUCGCCUUCAGGACCUGGCCAACGUCCUCUCCAACACCAAGCGCACCCUGGACGCCGAGUUGACCAUGAUCGGUCGCAGCCUGGCUGCCUGGAUGAUCAUCGUCUCCAAGGAGAAGGCCGUCUACCAGACCCUCAACCGCUUCUCCUACGACCAGCAGCGCAAGACGCUGAUCGCCGAAGCCUGGUGCCCUACAAACUCGCUUGCUCUUGUCAAGUCGACCCUGCAGGAUGUCAACGACCGUGCUGGCCUCUCUGUUCCCACCAUUGUCAACACCAUCAAGACGUCCAAGACGCCUCCAACCUACAACAAGACCAACAAGUUCACCCUUGGUUUCCAGACCAUCAUCGAUGCGUACGGUACCGCCAAGUACACCGAAGUCAACCCCGGUCUGCCCACCAUUGUUACCUUCCCCUUCCUCUUCGCUGUCAUGUUCGGUGAUUUCGGUCACGGUUUCCUCAUGACUAUGGCUGCUUGCGCCAUGAUCUACUGGGAGAAGCCCCUUUUGCGCUCCAAGCAGGACGAGCUCUUCUCCAUGGCUUUCUUCGGUCGCUACAUCAUGCUCAUGAUGGGUAUCUUCUCCAUGUACACUGGUCUCAUCUACUGUGACGCCUUCUCCAAGGAGCUCGCCAUCUUCCCCUCUAUGUGGGAAGUCCCUGACUUCAAGCCCAACCAGACCGUCACUAUGGUUCGCAAGGAGGGUUACACCUACCCCUUCGGAAUGGAUUGGCGCUGGCACGAUACUGACAAUGACCUUCUCUUCUCCAACAGUUACAAGAUGAAGCUCAGUAUUCUUCUUGGUUGGGCCCACAUGACCUACUCUCUCUGCCUCUCCUACAUCAACGCCAGACACUUCAAGACCCCCAUCGACAUCUGGGGCAACUUUGUUCCUGGCAUGAUCUUCUUCCAGUCCAUCUUUGGUUACCUCGUUUUCACUAUCAUCUACAAGUGGUCAAUCGACUGGUAUGCCAUCGGCGCAAACCCACCUGGUCUGCUCAACAUGCUCAUCUACAUGUUCUUGCAACCUGGUACCGUCGAAGAGCAACUCUACUCUGGCCAGGCUGCUGUCCAGGUUAUCCUGCUUCUUGCCGCCGUCUGCUGUGUACCCAUCAUGCUCUUCUUGAAGCCCUUCUACCUGCGCUGGGAGCACAACCGUGCCAGAGCUAUGGGCUACAGCGCUGUUGGUGAAAGCCAGAGAGUCAGUGCCCUUGACGAUGAUGACGACGAGCACCACGGCAUGAAUGGUGGUAGACAGAGCUUUGCCAGCGAAGACGGUGCCGCCAUCAUCACCCAGGACAUCCACAGCGAGGAGCAUGAAGAGUUCGAAUUCUCAGAAGUCAUGAUCCACCAGGUCAUUCACACCAUCGAGUUCUGUCUCAACUGUGUCUCCCACACUGCCUCUUACCUCCGUCUUUGGGCUCUGUCACUUGCCCAUCAGCAGCUGUCUAUUGUGUUGUGGUCUAUGACUCUGGCUAACGCCUUUGCCUUUACCGGUGUCGCUGGUGCCUUUGUCAUCUUCGGCUUCUUCGUUGUUUGGUUCUUCCUUACUGUUGCUGUCUUGGUCGUCAUGGAGGGUACCUCUGCCAUGUUGCACAGUUUGAGAUUGCACUGGGUCGAAGCCAUGAGCAAGCACUUCCUUGGUGAUGGUGUUCCAUUCGAGCCCUUCAGUUUCGAAACCAUACUCGAAGAAGAAAUGGCUGAUCUGAAGUAGCGUGUGUAGCUGCUUGAUAUCAGUUUUCAUACGUUGUUGCAUUGCAUCUCGUUGUCGUUUUCAUUUUGUAUGUAGAAUCUACCGUAUAGAUGAGAUCUUGUUGUCUCUUUUGAGUUUCUCUAAGAUACCAUCCAUGAUCUCUUUGCUUGUUCGUAGUUCAUUCUUGGCGUAUUACAAAGGAACCAAAGUCAAGUAGGUGGUCACACACACGAGCUGCGAUGAAGUCCACCAAGCUUCUUGAUCAUUUGAAUGUUGUAUCAUGUGCUUUCAGAAACAACAGCACCGCC